CUGAGCCAUAAAGAUAGACGCAGGGCAUGCAGAUAGUAGGGUGCGUGGCCUCAAGAGAGACAGGCAGGUUAAGUUAAAUGAAGUGAAGGAAAAGAAGAAGCACAUUAAGUAAUGUCCAUUACAUGCAGAUAAAUAGCUAAAGGGGAACUUAGCAUAGCUGCUCUAAGUUCAACAUGGAAUGAGAGGAAUUGAAGGAAAUAAAGGCAUUAGCAGCUGUUCCAAAGCAUCAGUGUUCGAUAGACAGCACUGAAGGGCGAGAGGGGAGAGGGAGCAAGCAACAGAGAAGGGGGCAGAAAGAGAAAGAGAGCAAGAACAGAGGAGUGGCUGCUUUUGUUCAGUGUUCAAGUGUUUUACUGAUCUAACUGAAGGCUUCCUGUGUCAGCACCAUGGGAAAGUCAGCCUCGAAGCAGUUUGCUGAGGAGCUGCUUCAGUGUCACAAUGACUUCAGGAGGAAGCACCAGGCUCCUCCACUGAAGCUGAGCAGCAAGUUGAGCAGAGAGGCUGCCCGUUAUGCUGAAAGUCUGGCCAGCACACGGAUUCUGAAACACAGCGUGGAAUCCAGUAGAGGGAGCUGUGGAGAAAACCUGGCAUGGGCCUCCUAUGACCAAUCAGGAAAAGACGUCGCAGACCGCUGGUAUGAUGAAGUGAAACAAUACAACUUCAGCCGUCCUGGAUUCUCCUCUGGCACUGGCCAUUUCACAGCAAUGGUGUGGAAGAGCACUAAAAAGCUAGGUGUCGGUAAGGCCACUGCAUCAGAUGGUUCUUCCUUCGUGGUGGCCAGAUACUUCCCAGCUGGGAAUGUCACUAACCAGGGACACUUUGAGAACAACGUCCUUCCGGUUAAAACCUCCACCUAAAGAUGUCUGGAUCACCAACACUUGACUGAAGCCCAAAGGCAUUAGUUUAAUUUUCCAGGAGAGUCAAAAUGUAUCUGCCUGCACUGCUAUGGGAAAUACUCAGGAGAGCAAUUCUUGCCUAGUAGAGAACCACACAACCAUAGUUUGGAAUGGUUUUAUAAGAUGAAAUGCUUAUCUGCUGGCUUAAAGUCCUAGUUGUAAUUUGAAAAAUAGACAUGUGUAUGAUGCAGUGUUAAGAACGACGAAGCACUACUGUUAGACACUGCUAACAAAACAUUCCCAGUGACCAUUUGGAAUGUACAGUAUUAUCUUGAUUUUGAUGGUUAUUUACAUUGCCUGUGACAGUAUUUAAUUCAUUAUUGCCAAUACUUUUAUAUUUUCACACACUGAAAUACAUCAUAGCCUCACAUUUGUGUUUACGUAAGUCAAAGGGACAGACUUUUUACACUUACAUGUAGAGGCAUUGCAAAGUAAUUUAAGGCUAAUGACUCAGCAUGCUUGGUUUGAAUUUGUGUUACUGCCACCACUUGUCAAAGCAGAAACCUGCAGUCCCCGGUUUGUGUUUUGUACUCUAAUCAGUUUGUACAAUAAAGUUGAUAGAAAUUAA